AUGGCUGGUACAGAUGUGGUGGUGGUACAACAUGGAUCUGUUGAUGCUGAGAAGGAGGUUGUGAAUCAUGGGUGCUGCAAGAAGGGACCUGGGUUUGCUACCCCACUUGAUGCCAUGUCUGGUCCCAAGGAGCCUCUCAUUUAUGUCACUUGCGUUUACUCAGGAACAGGAACACAGAAGCCCGACUACCUUGCGACAGUGGACGUAGAUCCAAGCUCACAAACUUAUUCGAAAGUUAUCCACAGGCUGCCUAUGCCCCAUAUAGGUGAUGAAUUACAUCAUUCGGGGUGGAAUGCCUGCAGUUCUUGCUAUGGAGAUACAUCAGCUGUCCGCCGUUAUCUUGUCUUGCCUUCUCUAAUAUCUGGGCGGAUAUAUGCAAUUGAUACACAAAAGAAUCCAAGGGCUCCCAGUUUGCAUAAGGUUGUUGAGCCUGAAGAUAUCAUAAGCAAGACUGGAUUAGCAUAUCCACACACGGCUCACUGCCUUGCGUCCGGUGAUAUUAUGGUGUCAUGCCUUGGAGAUAGAGAUGGAAAUGCUGAGGGGAAUGGAUUCCUUUUGCUUGACUCAGAUUUUAAUGUGAAAGGAAGGUGGGAGAAACCAGGGCACAGUCCUCUUUUUGGCUAUGACUACUGGUACCAACCCCGGCUCAAGACCAUGAUCAGCUCAACUUGGGGAGCCCCAGCUGCCUUUACCCAAGGUUUCAACCUUCAGCAUGUUUCAGAUGGACUUUAUGGCCGACACUUGCAUGUCUACAGCUGGCCAGAUGGUGAAUUAAAACAGACAUUGGAUCUUGGAAAUACAGGACUUCUACCCUUAGAGAUAAGGUUCCUCCAUGAUCCAACCAAAGAUACCGGUUUUGUUGGGUGUGCGUUAACAAGCAACAUGGUGCGUUUUUUCCAGACCCCAGAAGGCUCAUGGAGCCAUGAGUUAUCAAUCUCAGUGAAGCCAUUGAAGGUGCAGAACUGGAUUCUUCCCGAAAUGCCUGGCCUUAUCACUGAUUUUUUGAUAUCUCUUGAUGACCGUUAUCUGUACUUUUCGAAUUGGCUUCAUGGAGAUGUCAGGCAGUAUAAUAUUGAGGACCCUAAGAAUCCUAUCCUGACCGGCCAGUUAUGGGUUGGAGGACUUGUUCGGAAAGGAAGUUCUGUGGUUGCUGAGGCUGAAGAUGGUACAACAUACCAAGUGGAAGUCCCAGAGAUCCAGGGAAAUCAUUUGAGAGGAGGACCUCAGAUGAUACAGUUGAGUUUAGAUGGGAAGAGGCUUUAUGUUACAAACUCACUCUACAGCAAGUGGGACAACCAAUUUUAUGCUGAAAUGGUGCAGAAAGGAGGCCACAUGUUGCAGAUUGAUGUAGACACUGAGAAAGGUGGUCUUGCAUUGAACUCAAGUUUUUUCGUGGAUUUCGGAGCUGAACCUGAUGGUCCAUCCUUGGCUCAUGAGAUGAGAUAUCCUGGUGGUGACUGCACUUCAGACAUUUGGAUUUAA